UUAAAAAAAACAAAACCCCCGCAAUAUCUGAUCCUUUAACAAAAAAGAAAAAAGAAAAAAGAAAAAGAAAUGCAGAGUUACCGAGGAACCCACCACCUCUAGGCUCUAGCACCACCAAACCAGCGCCAUGAUCAACUGAUUCAAAUCCUUUCUCUCUCCUAGGGUUUUCCAAUUCUCCUCUUCUUCUGCUCAUUCUUCAAUGGCGUCGAAGCCAUGGCUACAGCCUGCUCCUUCGUACACCCAAUUGGAGUCGUUUUGGGAUUCUGACGAAGAUGCGCCUGGUCCCCGCUGUGGUCACACCCUUACCGCCGUCGCCGCCAACAAAUCUCAGGGCCCUCGUCUUAUUCUAUUCGGUGGAGCCACCGCUAUUGAAGGCGGCGCUUCUUCUUCUGCUCCUGGCAUCAGGUUGGCUGGGGUUACGAAUUCUGUUCAUUCUUAUGAUGUUCUCACUAAGAAAUGGACCAGGAUUAGACCGGCAGGUGACCCGCCUUCUCCAAGGGCGGCUCACGCGGCUGCUGCCGUUGGAACUAUGGUUGUGUUUCAGGGUGGCAUAGGACCUGCCGGGCAUUCCACAGAUGAUCUAUAUGUGCUUGAUUUGACCAACGACAAGUACAAAUGGCAUAGAGUAGUCGUCCAAGGUCAAGGACCUGGCCCUAGAUAUGGCCAUGUAAUGGACCUAGUUGCACAAAGAUACCUCGUUACCGUCAGUGGCAAUGAUGGGAAAAGGGUUCUGUCAGAUUCUUGGGUUUUGGAUACUGCUCAAAAGCCAUAUGUUUGGCAGCGGCUUAAUCCUGAAGGUGAUAGACCGUCUGCUAGAAUGUAUGCAACUGCAAGUGCUCGAUCAGAUGGCAUGUUUUUGCUAUGUGGUGGAAGAGACUCAACUGGCGCGCCCCUUGCAGAUGCUUAUGGGCUGCUUAUGCAUAGAAAUGGUCAAUGGGAGUGGACUCUUGCGCCGGGUGUUUCUCCUUCUCCAAGGUAUCAACAUGCUGCGGUCUUUGUAGGUGCUAGAUUGCAUGUUACGGGUGGUGCUCUUAGGGGAGGACGAGCCAUUGAAGGUGAAGCAGCUGUUGCAGUUUUGGACACUGCUGCUGGAGUAUGGUUGGAUAGGAGUGGGCUGGUAACUACUUCAAAGGCUAACAAGGGACAAACAGAAAAUGAUCCUUCCUUGGAGUUGAUGCGUCGUUGUCGACAUGCUUCUGCAUCUGUUGGUGUUCGUAUAUACAUGUACGGUGGUCUUAGAGGAGAUGUAUUGUUAGAUGACUUCCUGGUUGCAGAGAAUACGGUGUCACAGUCUGAUGAUAAUUCCCUACCACUGGCAUCUGAGAGAGCCUCGAGCUUAACUGAUCCACGAAUUAAUCUUAGUUUGACUAUGCCCUCCGCUACACCUGUAACUGAUGGAAGACAUGAAAAAAACCUACCUGGUGGUGUGAGCAUGGAAAAGAAAUCUGUAGAUAAACUUGUGGAGGCUUCUGCUGCUGAAGUUGAAGCAGUUAGAACGGUCUGGCAAGCUGCUCAGGCUGCAUCUUCAUCUCCCCCGGACGAAUCACCUCUGUCGCAAGGCAGCUCACCUAUCACAGAUACUCUUUCAGAUGGUAGUGAUACUGAUGGUGAUGUUCGCCUCCAUCCCAGAGCAGUUGUAGUCGCGAAAGAAACUGUAGGGAACUUAGGUGGAAUGGUGCGGCAAUUAUCACUUGAUCAGUUUGAAAACGAGAGCAGGAGAAUGAUACCUGUUGCUGACCAAUCAACUCUUGGCAAAAAAUUCACGAGGUCCAAGUCUCCUCAGGGUUUGCAUAAGAAAGUCAUCUCUAAUUUGCUCAGACCACGUAACUGGAAGCCUCCAGUGAAUAGAAAAUUUUUCUUAGAUUCUUACGAAGUCGGUGAGAUUUGCCAUGCUGCAGAACAGAUCUUUAUGCAUGAGCCAAGUGUUCUUCAGUUAAAAGCUCCAAUCAAAGUGUUUGGUGACCUCCAUGGACAGUUUGGAGAUUUGAUGCGGUUGUUUGAUGAAUAUGGAUUUCCUUCAACUGCUGGUGACAUUACGUAUAUUGACUAUCUGUUCUUAGGUGAUUAUGUUGAUCGAGGGCAGCAUAGCUUAGAGACUAUUACGUUACUUCUUGCUCUGAAGAUUGAAUAUCCCGAAAGUGUUCACUUGAUACGUGGGAAUCAUGAAGCUGCUGACAUCAAUGCACUCUUUGGGUUUCGUCUUGAAUGCAUUGAGAGAAUGGGAGAGAAUGAUGGGAUAUGGGCAUGGACACGGUUCAAUCAACUCUUCAACUAUCUUCCACUCGCUGCCCUUAUUGAGAAGAAAAUUAUCUGUAUGCAUGGCGGCAUUGGUAGAUCAAUUCAAGCGGUGGAGCAAAUAGAAAAACUUGAGAGGCCCAUAACAAUGGAUGCCGGAUCUAUAGUUCUAAUGGAUUUGUUGUGGUCUGAUCCCACGGAAAAUGAUAGUAUAGAAGGUCUGAGACCAAAUGCUAGAGGUCCCGGUUUAGUUACAUUUGGGCCUGACCGAGUCACGGAGUUUUGCAAAAAGAACAAACUGCAGCUCAUUAUUAGGGCCCAUGAGUGCGUGAUGGAUGGUUUUGAGCGAUUUGCUCAAGGGCAGUUGAUCACACUCUUCUCUGCUACGAACUAUUGUGGGACUGCCAACAAUGCUGGGGCAAUAUUGGUUAUUGGACGUGGUUUGGUAGUGGUCCCAAAAUUGAUUCAUCCCUUGCCACCUCCAAUGCAAUCACCGGAGACUUCUCCAGAACGUGCCAUGGAUGAUACGUGGAUGCAGGAACUCAACAUCCAAAGACCGCCAACUCCAACUAGAGGUCGGCCUCAGCCUGAUCAUGACCGUAAUUCACUUGCUUAUAUCUGAAGUUGAUUGUAUGAUUCACCAGCAUUAUGUGCCCUCUUAACACCGAGAGUCUUUAGUCGCCAAAACAUCAUAUUACCAAGUCUUCGUGAUAUACCUUACAGUGUUGUGCUGUAAGCCUCAUUUUAAUUUAAGGUUUUUAGAUAGUAUAAACCUCAUCCUCUGUACAUGUAGCUUCAGUAUUGUUGAAGAGUUAGUUCCAUUUUUGUUAGUUUAUGCAUUAAGCCAUAGAUUCUCUGUUUUUGUAGAAUUGUAGUGUAAAGCCAGGCCAUAAGGAGAUGCAUCAGCAGUUGAGAGAAGCUUUCUAUUUGAGCGUUUGUUUAUUGUAAAAUGAAAUCAAAUUUACAUGUAAUUAAUUUAUUAAUUAAAAGUGUAUUAUUUGCAAAUUGAUGUGUGGGAUUGAAUCUGUUUUUUGUACCAUAUGAAUAUAUACCAUUACUAAGUAUGGGGCUUGUUAUAUAUGCCUUGCAUUUAUUUCA